CCCAGGGGCGGGGUCAGAAGAAGUUGGGUGUGAUCAGAAUUUUGGACGCACCCCCCCAAAGGCGGGGCCAUACUGAAGAUCUGGGCGGAGUCAAAACCUAAGGGUGGGUCACGAUACAGUGGGCGUGGUCAGGGCUCGGAGACCGAUAGGAACUAAGGUGGUCCCGGGUGGAAAACCAUGCAUUGCAACCCCUCUAAAAUAAAAACAAACACGUAUAUAGCGCUAUAUGCUAGGGACUACUCUAGGCACUUUACAUGAAUUAAUCAAUUUAAUCCUAGCAAUAAUCUGCCAGGGAGGUAGAUACUCUUACUCCAUUUUUAAAAUGAGGAAACUGAGGCAGGGAGAAGGUAGGCAACUUGUACCACACAGCUAGGAAGUGGCGGAACUGAGGUUCCUAACUGAGGCAGGUGCGCUCCUACGGCCAUGCUCUCAACCACCACGUUCUCCCAAAAGAACCUGGUAUCAGGACCCCAUAGCCCAGGAUGUGGGACCAGGUGUAACCCAUCCGCUCCCGGGUUUGGUCGCGGAGACCGGGCCUGGGUGGGGCGAUGCGGCGCCUCCCAGGGCCGGAAGCGGCGGAGCCGACUCCAGCUCCACCCACGGCCCCGAAGCUCCGCCAGCCGCCGCCAUGAGUAGCUUUGGACCUGGGUGAGACCCUCUCGCAGACAGCCUCUUACCCCUACUCCCGGGUCCCGCGCUCCAGGUCUUCUCCCCAGGGACCCAGCAAAACCAAAGAAGUUAUCUUCAGUAUGGAGGAGGGCUCCGUGAAAAUGUUCCUGAGGGGUCGCCCUGUGCCCAUGCUGAUUCCGGACGAGCUGGCACCCACCUACAGCCUGGACACUCGCUCAGAGCUGCCUGCCUGCCGGCUUAAGCUGGACUGGGUCUACGGGUACCGUGGCCGAGACUGCCGGGCCAACCUUUACCUGCUGCCCACGGGGGAGAUAGUGUACUUUGUAGCCUCUGUAGCUGUGCUGUACAGCGUGGAAGAGCAGAGGCAGCGCCAUUACCUGGGCCACAAUGAUGACAUCAAAUGCAUGGCUGUCCACCCGGAUAUGGUCACCAUCGCCACCGGACAGGUGGCAGGCACCACUAAGGAGGGGAAGCCGCUGCCGCCCCACGUACGCAUCUGGGACUCAGUUUCCCUCUCCACCUUGCACGUGCUGGGCCUGGGAGUGUUUGACAGAGCCGUGUGCUGCGUGGGCUUCUCCAAAUCAAAUGGGGGCAGCCUGCUCUGUGCAGUGGACGAAUCCAAUGACCAUGUACUGUCCGUGUGGGACUGGGCCAAGGAGGUCAAGGUGGUUGAUGCGAAGUGUUCCAACGAGGCCGUGCUGGUGGCCACCUUCCACCCCAUAGACCCCACCAUGCUCAUCACCUGCGGGAAAUCUCACAUCUACUUCUGGAGCCUGGAGGGGGGCAGCCUGACCAAGCGGCAGGGCCUCUUUGAGAAACAGGAGAAACCAAAGUACGUGCUGUGCGUGACCUUUCUAGAGGGUGGUGACGUGAUCACCGGUGACUCUGGAGGGAACCUGUAUGUCUGGGGCAAAGGUGGGAAUCGCAUCACACAGGCGGUACUGGGUGCCCACGACGGUGGUGUGUUUGGGCUCUGCGCCCUGCGGGACGGGACGCUGGUGUCUGGUGGGGGCCGCGAUCGGCGGGUGGUCCUCUGGGGUUCCGACUACAGCAAGCUGCAGGAGAUGGAGGUCCCCGAGGACUUCGGCCCCGUACGCAUCGUGGCAGAGGGUCGGGGAGACAUGUUGUAUGUGGGGACCACCCGUAACUCCAUCCUGCAGGGCUCAAUCCACACGGGCUUCUCACUGCUGGUCCAGGGCCAUGUGGAGGAGCUGUGGGGGCUGGCCACACACCCCAGCCGGGCACAAUUUGUGACAUGUGGGCAGGAUAAGCUGGUACACCUGUGGAGUGUGGAGUCUCACCAGCCCCUGUGGAGCAGGUGCAUUGAGGAUCCCGCUUGUUCUGCUGGCUUCCACCCCAGUGGCUCUGUCCUCGCUGUAGGCACAGUGACUGGCAGGUGGCUGCUGCUGGACACGGAGACCCAUGACCUGGUGGCAAUCCACACUGACGGCAAUGAACAGAUCUCUGUGGUCAGCUUCUCCCCGGACGGGGCGUACCUGGCUGUGGGCUCCCACGACAACUUGGUGUACGUGUACACGGUGGACCAGGGCGGCCGCAAGGUCAGCCGCCUGGGCAAGUGCUCGGGCCAUUCCAGCUUUAUCACCCACCUAGAUUGGGCCCAGGACAGCAGCUGUUUUGUCACCAACUCUGGGGACUACGAGAUCCUGUACUGGGACUCGGCUACCUGUAAGCAGAUCACCAGUGCAGAUGCUGUGAGGAAUGUAGAAUGGGCCACGGCCACUUGUGUCCUAGGGUUUGGGGUGUUCGGAAUCUGGUCUGAGGGGGCUGACGGCACUGACAUCAACGCCGUGGCCCGCUCGCACAAUGGGAAGUUGCUGGCUUCAGCUGAUGACUUCGGCAAAGUCCACCUGUUUAGCUACCCCUGUUGCCAGCCUCGAGCCCUCAGCCACAAAUACGGGGGACACAGCAGCCAUGUGACGAACGUGGCCUUCUUGUGGGAUGACAGCGUGGCCCUGACCACAGGCGGCAAGGACACCAGCGUGCUGCAGUGGCGGGUGGUCUGAAGCACGGGGGUCUCAGGGACAGGGGACUGAGAUAGAGUGAAGGAGGCAGGGUGGGAAUUCUAUUUUCGGGAGAUGUCUAUUGCCGAGUAGAGUAAUAUAUACCCAGAGUCUAUAGCAGAGGGGGUUACAGGGGGUGGGUGGGUAGACAGAUAAAAGUCUCUAUUUAUCUUGGGGUGGGAAGAGGGGCCACAUUGCUUUGAGGGAGCCAUUGGAGUGUUUGGUUUGGGGUGUUUUUUAAGUUUAUUUUAUAUCAUCCAGAAAUAAAGACACGUGCACUGAGGUAGAGUGUCAGGGUCUGUGAAUUUGUUUAGUGUGUGUGCAUAGAUUACAGUGACUGUAUGUGUGUGUGUGUCUGUAAAAAGAAACCCAUUGCCACAGAGUCAAUUACAACUCCUCGUGACCCUACAGGACAGAGAGGAACUGCCCCAUAGGGUUUCCAAGGCUGUCAUCUUUACAAAGCAGGCUGAGACAUCUUUCCCCCAUGAAGCAGCUGGUGGGUUCGAACUGCCAAACUUUCAGUUAGCAGCCGAGCACUUUAUCCACUGCACCACCAGUAUGUGUAUAUGUAGCAUGCCUGUAUCCCACUGUUUGUGGUGAGAUACCAUUAUUACUUGGCCUUUAUUGAGUGCAACUGACAGGAAAACCAAGUGUUAUGGGUUGAGUUGUCUCCUCCCAAAAAUGUGUGUCAAAUUGGCUAAACCAUGAUUCCCAGUAUUGUGUGAUUGUCCACCAUUUUGUGAUCUGAUGUGAUUUUCCUUUGUGUUGUAAAUCCUACCUCUAUGAUAUUAGUGAGGCAGGAUUAGAGGCAGUUAUGUUAAUGAGGUAGGACUCAAUCUACAAGAUUUGAUUGUGUUUUAAGCCAAUCUUUUUUGCAAUAUAAAAGAGAGAAGUGAGCAGAGAGACGAGGGACCUCAUUACCACCAAGCAAGAAGAGCCAGGAGAAUAGCGUACCCUUUGGACCUGGGGUCUCUGCACUGAGAAGCUCCUUGACCAGGGGAAGAUUGAUGACAAGGACUUUUCCCCAGAGCUGACAGACAGAAAGCAUUCCCCUGGAGCUGGCACCUUGAAUUCGGAUUGCUAGCCUCCUAGACUGUGAGAAAAUAAAUUUGUUAAAGGCAUCCACUUGUGGUAUUUUUGUUAUAGCUGCACAAAGUGACUAAGACAUGAAGGUUGCUUUAACUUAGGUCAGAAGAGAACUCAGUUGACCACAUAGCCAAACAAAGAAGGGCAAGGGUGCCUCUGGGGCCCAGGACCACUGAACCAGGGAUUUGAGGGCCUUCAGGACAUUCUCCUACUCCCUCCGUGCCUUCUCUAACUUCCUGUGAGUCAGCAUUUUUCUCUGGGACCAGCAUUCUCCACACCAAAGAAACAUGGCACCCAGCAGCUUCCAUACUCACAUCAACCAUCUUCAGCACCAGAGAAGGAUUAAAGCAUUCUCCUGGGCCCCAAAUCUUAAAAAUCUCAAGGAAACUUUUAAGGCUGUGGUGAUUGGUUCAUUUCCAGACCAAUCAAUUUGGCCUUCAAGUUGAUCUACUGUAAUUGGCUCAACUUGGGUAAAGAACAUGAACCUGGACCAGUGACUGGGCAAAGGAAGUGGGAUUGUAUAAAAACAUGGACGCCUUCACCUGAUUCAGGGUUGAAGGAAGGAAGGAGUGUUUUCAGGGAAGCAGGCUGACAGAAUAGAUUUCUGGGAGAGUGGAGUAUUAGGACUCUGGGUUGCAAGAGAAAGAAACCCAACUCUAGCCAGCAUAACCAAUAAAAACAAUGACUGGCUUAUAAACACUGGUCAUCCAGGAGAAGCUCAGCUGGAUUCAGGGGAUCAGAUGUGGUCAUCAGGGUUCUCCCCUCAGGGAUUUGCCAAAUUCUCGACAGCAGGUAAUUUCCUCCACUGAAGGAGAGAGUACAGUAUACCUUAGCGGUUAGGAGCCUGCAUUCAGGAGUCAAACCAUUUAGGUCCAAAUCCUGGUUUCUCAGCUUAGUAGGUGUGUAACCUUGAGCAAUUUUUUUUUUUUAACUUCAACUUUUUAUUAGUGUUUAACAUUUAUGUACUGAGUUGUGUCCCCCAAAAGAUACGUUUAAGUUUUAAUCCCUGGUACCUGUGAAUGUGACCUUAUUUGGAAAUAGAGCCGUUGUAGAUGUAAUUAAUUAAGAUGAGAUCAUACUAGACUGGUUGAGACUGGAGGACUCCCCGAGACUAUUGCCCUGGGAAACUCUUCAAACCUUGAACUGAAACUAACCCCUGAGGUCACCUUGUAGCUACAUAACAAAUAAACUGGCUCAAAAAAUAAUGAGUAUCACCUGUAAGUACCGUGUGCCUUUAAAAAAAAUCACCUGUGUCAGACCAAUUGGUCAAUAAUUACUGUAAAACAAAGAUGAGAAUGUAUGAGGGCAGGGAAACCAGAUUAAUGGAAACGAAACAACCAGAACAGAAAUAAUAAGAAUGUUCACACACUGUGAAGAAUGUAACCAAUGUUGCUGAACAACUUGGGUGGAGAUUGUUGAAUGGGAACCUAAAAUUGCUGUGUAAACCUUCACCGAAAACACAAAAUAUUAAAAAAAAAAAAAAAAAAGAUAA